UUGAUUGCUGAAAGAAAUACAGAGCUAGAGAAAGGGGAAUAUAACGGAGAGGGCAGAAGGCCAUUGAAGAGAGAAAAGGAGAAGGAGCACUAGAGGGAGUUGUUGGGCUGGUAUUGUUCUCUCCAAUCCCCGACACAGUUUCACUCUUCUAGCCCCGGCUAUUUCACUGCAUCUAUGUUACAGGAAAGUAUAAUUAGUUUACUUUUUCCUCUGGCAGCUGCCGUGACGCCGACUUUGUGGUGCUCCUGACCAAGAAAGUUCUGCUCUGAGUUGCUUACUCCGCGUUACUGCUGAGCGCUCGUUAAAAACUUCCCCACAAGGAGUGGGGAGGGAGUUCUGCGUGAGGAAGCUAAUCGGCUUGUCAGCCUCUCGACUCUUCUGCUGAGAUGAGAGUGAUUCACUGCACUCUGCUGUUACUGAAUGAGAUUCUCAUCUCACUCCAGGGUGAUUUUAUCCUACUUGUACCCGAAGAGCCUUUUGUAGCAAUUGCAGGUGAAGAUGUUGUACUGGAAUGUGAGCUGCUCCCACCAACCUCUGCCAGCAACAUAACAGUGCAGUGGCUGAAAUCAGGUCUCAGCUCACCCAUCCAUGUGCACAGACAUGGACAAGGUGACCCCCUCGCCCAACACCAGGAUUACAAAGGAAGGACAGAACUGUUUAAAGAUGAAAUUACAGAAGGAAACAUUUCCCUCAGAUUAAAGAACGUAAGGCCAGACGAUGAAGGGCGAUAUACAUGUUCAGUUAAAGACAGAAUUGUCUUCAAACAAGCUACAGUUGAACUGCAUGUUCGGAGUGAUUUUAUCCUACUUGUACCCGAACAGCCUUUUGUAGCAAUCACAGGUGAAGAUGUUGUACUGGAUUGUGAGCUGCUCCCAUCAACCUCUGCCAGCAACAUGGCAGUGUGGUGGCUGAAAUCAGAUCUCAGCUCACCCAUCCACGUGUACAGACAUGGACAAGGUGAUCCCCUUGCUCAACACCAGGAUUACAGAGGAAGGACAGACCUGUUUAAAGAUGAAAUUACCGAAGGAAACAUUUCCCUCAGAUUAAAGAAUGUAAGGCCAGACGAUGAAGGGCGAUAUACAUGUUCAGUUAAAGACAGAAUUGACUUCAAACAAGCUACAGUUGAACUGCGUGUUCACAGUUCGGGGAGUGAACCUCGGAUUCAGAUGAAGAGGAAUCAUGGAGCGGGAAUCCAGCUUGUGUGUAAAUCCAGUGGAUGGAAUCCUGAGCCGGAGAUCCAGUGGAUCGGUGGCGAUGGGAAUGCAUUAACAGAGGCUGAGACAAAGUACCACAGAGACUCGGGUCUUGUAAAUGUUGAGAGCAGUGUUAGAGUAACGAGACAAUCAUCAGGCAAACUGAAGUGUAUUAUCAGGAGUCAACAUUUGAAAACAGAACAUACAGCAAUUAUUACAAUAUCAGAUGAUCUCUUCCCUGCUGUUCCUGAAUGGGUCCUGCCACUGGUCGUCACCAUUUGUGUUGUAAUUGCUGCAAACUUCACCCUGAUUUAUUGGAAUGUGAAACAAAACAGAUGUAUAAAAGAGCUGGAACUUCAGAAAUUCUUCAUAGAAUCCGGAAAAUGGAAACCCCUCGAGCAGUCAGUCUCUGUCACCCUGGAUGUGGAAACGGCGAGUCCGCGGCUCCAGGUGUCUGAGGAUCGGAAGAGUGUGAGACUGACCGGGACCCGGAGGAAUCUCCCGGACACCGGGAAGAGGUUCACAGACCGGGCUUGUGUGCUGGGAUCGGAGGGGUUCACAUCGGGGAGACAUUACUGGGAGGUGGAGGUGACGGGGAAUCGGUAUUGGAGUCUGGGAGUCGCCGCAGAGUCUGUGCAGAGGAAGAGAUGGGUCAGACUGAGUCCAGGGACUGGCUUCUGGAUCAUCGAGCGGGAUGAUAACUGGAUGUGGGUUCACACCUCUCUUGGAUCCCGUCUCCCUGCCGGUCCCAUCCCCGGGAGGGUGGGAGUUUAUCUCAGUUACGAGUCCGGGACAGUUUCAUUUUACAACGCGGAGACCAAGUUCCAUCUCCACACUUACUCUGGGAAUAAAUUCACGGGGAAACUUUAUCCUUUCUUGGAGACUUGGCGUGAAAACCACUGGCUGAGAAUCUGCCCCGGUUUAGCCCCGGGUCUGUAAACGGGUCGGGUCCAGGACCGGCGUCAGGAGUAAGUCAGUGUAAAUAUAAAUGUGCGGAGAGUGAUAUAUAAACACGAUGUGAGAAUUAUCGAUCCAUUCAUUUUAAAAUCCACCGGGACUGAGAGGGUAACUGGGACAAGUGGUGGUGGUGCUGACUGGAAGAGGUGAAUCUUCGGGGACGGGACAGGGACCGGCGGCAACACGCAAAGUGUCAAAGAAUCGGUACAGAAAGGUGGAAGGAAGGGGGAGUAAAAGCUGACAGCUGAUCCGGAUGAGGGAGGGGUGGAGUGUGGAAAUGUGUCAGAAGCUGGGAGGGGAGAGGUGGUGGAGACAAAGAUGAUGGAAUCUGGUCGGAGAGGAAAGUGGAGACUGGAAUAAAGGGAGGGAGCUGGGGAGGGGAAGAUGGAGAGGGAGGGAAAGAAAAUGGCCACAUGCUUCCUGUGGGAUUAUCAUUGUGGAAUUGGUUUCUUAUUCCCUUAAUCUUCCUGGUGACCUCUAGGAUGUGAUCUGUGAAGUAAAUUCUGUUGUCCUGAUUCAUCUCGUACGUACGUGCAACAUUCUUGUCCAAUCUGGGCACACAUGGUUUCUUUCUCGGAUAAAACAAAGCCAAAGCGUUUUUGGAUUUGCAAUGGACUAGCACCAAUUCUGCCGACAAUUAAAUGUUGCUUAUUGGCUUGGAUCGAGAGCAUAUGCAGUUUAAUUUUCUAACUUUUCCAGUGCUGAUGUUAUGUUAAUCAGUUCCUGUGCUGCUUUACCAGCUCCCGAGGCAAGUGUUACAUUCUCCAGAGACAAGAGUCUCCUGGAUGGGUACAUGAAGCUUAGAAAAAUAGAGGGCUGUGGGUAAGCCUCGGUAGUUCUAAAGUAAGGACAUGUUUGGUGCAGCUUUGUGGGCCGAAGGGCCUGUAUUCUGCUGUAGGAGGUUUUCUAUGUUUCCAUGUAACACCAAGUCCUUUUCACCCUGGGGUUAUUGUCGUACAGAGGUAUACACCAUCCUCUGAAACACUGGUUGGUUCCAAAUUUACAUCCCCAUCCCCAGUGACAUUCUGGCCAUCCGAUAAGGGGAUGAAGGGUCUAUGUUUCUCAGUCCCGUCAUCAUUGUACCAGAAAUACCCUCGGCUGAGGGCUCGGACCAAUUAAAGUCACAGUUCAUCUCUGUUUCAGUGAAGGACACAUCCAUUUCUACAUGUGCCAGGACAGCCGUACACACCCAGCAGCCUGAGUGUUCGUGGCAGGGAAAGGACACGAUCUAAUCCGACUGUCGUGGUUAGAAACAUAGAAAAUAGGUGCAGGAGUAGGCCAUUCGGCCCUUCGAGCCUGCACCGCCAUUCAGUAUGACCAUGGCUGAUCAUCCAACUCAGAACCCUAUACCAGCCUUCCCCCCCAUACCCCCUGAUCCCUUUAGCCACAAGGGCCAUAUCUAACUCCCUCUUAAAUAUAGCCAAUGAACUGGCCUCAACUGUUUCCUGUGGCAGAGAAUUCCACAGAUUCACCACUCUCUGUGUGAAGAAGUUUUUCCUCAUCUCGGUCCUAAAAGGCUUCCCCUUUAUCCUCAAACUGUGACCCCUUGUUCUGGACCUCCCCAACAUCGGGAACAAUCUUCCCGCAUCUAGCCUGUCCAAUCCCUUUAGGAUUUUAUACAUUUCAAUAAGGUCCCCCCUCAAUCUUCUAAAUUCCAACGAGUAUAAGACUAGUUGAUCCAGUCUUUCAUCAUAUGAAAGUCCUGCCAUCCCGGAAUCAAUCUGGUGAACCUUCUUUGUACUCCCUCUAUGGCAAGGAUGUCUUUCCUCAGAUUAGGGGACCAAAACUGCACACAAUACUCCAGGUGUGGUCUCACCAAGGCCUUGUACAACUGCAGUAGUACCUCCCUGCUCCUGUACUCGAAUCCUCUCACUAUAAAUGCCAGCAUACCAUUUGCCUUUUUCACCGCCUGCUGUACCUGCAUGCCCACUUUCAAUGACUGGUGUAUAAUGACACCCAGGUCUCGUUGCACCUCCCCUUUUCCUAAUCGGCCACCAUUCAGAUAAUAAUCUGUUUUCCUGUUUUGCCACCAAAGUGGAUAACCUCACAUUUAUCCACAUUAAAUUGCAUCUGCCAUGAAUUUGCCCACUCACCUAACCUACCCAAGUCACCCUGCAUCCUCCUCACAGCUAUCAUUGCCGCCCAGCUUCGUGUCAUCGCAAACUUGGAGAUGCUGCAUUUAAUUCCCUCAUCUAAGUCAUUAAUAUAUAUUGUAAACAACUGGGCUCCCAGCACUGAGCCUUGCGGGUACCCCACUAGUCACUGCCUGCCAUUCUGAAAAGGUCCCGUUUAUUCCCACUCUUUGCUUCCUGUCUGCCAACCAAUUCU